AAAAUACAGGCAAUAAUGGCUACAGGAUUUCUAACCCUCUUUUCCAUGGAUGACAAAAUAUGACCAGAAAUGUCAAAAAAUUUACAACUCAUUAUCUACAAUACUAACUUUUCCUUAAGCUCUUUGAUUUGAUUAAGCCCAAUAAUCCAUUCUUGCAUCUUAUAUAUACUCCAAUCCCACCACUAAUGUUUGCAAGGAGAAGUAGGUUCUCUGGGCUCUAAGAAUCUGUGAAGCAUGGCAAGAGCAAUGGAGGGCAGUAAUGUGAGCAAAUUAGUUUUCUUAGUGGUGGCGAUAAUUAGCGCUGUGGUGGUGGGAAUGAGCGGUGAGGUGCAGGGCGCAAUAUCAUGCUCAACGGUGGUGUCUGAUUUAACUCCGUGCCUCAACUACGUGGCGGGAAGCGCCGCUCAGCCGACGCGGGGGUGCUGUAAUGGCGUUAAGUCUCUCAACGCCGCCGCUAAAACUACGGCUGAUCGGCGGUCAGCAUGCAAUUGCAUUAAGUCUGCUGCGGCGUCCAGCAAAGCUAACUAUAAUAAGGUUGGGAAGCUGCCUGGUCUCUGUGGGGUUAAGCUCGGCUAUACCAUCACACCCUCGAUUAACUGCAACACGAUUCCCUGAGAUCUGUGCGUGGUGGGUUCGUCUCUAGGAAACCUUGGAUUUCCAGUGAAAUUAUGUUUACCUAUUUUGGAAGUUGUAUGAGAUUAGUAGUAUUACAAUUCAAAGAUCUUUGGAUGAAAUAGAGUGGGUAUAAAGACCAGUUUCUUAUAAUCUUGAAAUAAAUGAAUAAUGUAAAGCUUAUUAUUGAAGUAAAUUAACAGUUGUAGACCAGUUGUAGACCACUAUGUUAAGGCUCUUUUUUGUACUCACAGUGCUGAAUAGACAUCUUUUGGAAUCCCUCACUCUGAUCUAAAGUAUGAAGUCUAUGAUCUCAAAGACUUUAUUUUCUGGA